GAUUGGCCGCGUUGUUUGCAGUGUAAACUUCUACUGGCGAACGACUUCAUAUUCUGCUCUUUCUGAAGGGGUGGCGAUCUACAAUCCAUGAAUCUGCGCCCCACACUCUGCUGUUUACCCAAAAUCGGGUGCAGCAGAACGUCGUUAAAAUCCCGCUUUAUCUCAACCACCGCAUACUGGUCAGCGCCUCGACGAAUCCCUUUGGAUAUACCUCCCCCGUUUCCCGUGACGGAAUCAUGUCCCGAAUCAACAUGUACAUGCCCCCCGACCCCGUCAAUGCCCGAGGGGCUACCAAUUGACCGUGAUCAACCAUUGAACGGAACGAUGGCGGCCUAUGCACAACAGAUCCUCAUCUGUACCGGACAAGGAGAUUGGACAAGUCGCAUUGAAGAUGAUGGGAAGGAUCAGGGCUGGGGGGAAAUGGCAAGGGGCUUGAAGCGUCUUAUGGGUCGUGGGGGGCGUUAUGCCGACCCAUUCAAUAAUGUCUUGGUUAGCAAUUCUUCCUUCUCUCCACCUCCAGCUUCAGAGGGUACCUCGUCCUCUGCGUCGGCCUUUUUGUUCCCUUCUUUCAAAUAUUUCCCAUCUAUUCCCGUCCACGUGGCGGAAUCGUCGGGGACAGGGACGGACCUUUCGACCUUUGUCCGUGCCUUUCUCCUUCCUCAGAAGCUCAACGCGAUGGCGGACUCUCUUCCAGAAUCCCGGCGGGUGGAAUUAACUCGCAAGCCUGAUCUAGCAUCCGAGUUCUCGGGCGCUGUCGAUCUUCAGAUGUCCCCCGUGGUCUUGAUAUGCGGCCAUGGCGGCCGUGACAUGCGAUGCGGCCUCAUGGCACCAGCCCUUGAAGAGGAAUUCCGUCGCGUUCUGCUGACGAAGGGGUUCACGUCGGCGGGUAGUAACAGCCACGUAAUCGACAGCCCUGAACACGCCCACAUUGGACUCAUCAGCCAUAUCGGUGGGCAUAAAUACGCCGGAAAUGUGAUUGUAUAUAUUCCUCCCGGAAUGCUCUUGGAAGGUUCUUCGACGCUGCACCCGCUGGCGGGCAAGGGCAUCUGGUAUGGGCGCAUUGAACCCAAGCAUGUGCAGGGGGUAGUGGAAGAGACCAUCUUAGGUGGCAAGGUGGUAGUGGACCAUUUCCGGGGUGGAAUCGAUCGAAAUGGGGGUAUCCUUAGACUAUAG